AUGGCUGACGACACGCCAAGACGAUCUCGUUCUCAGUCACCAGCCCGCCGAGGACCACGACCCAAACGCGGCGGGUUUAGAUGGAAGGACAAUAUCCGACGAAAUGACGAUCGAGAUGAUGGACAUCGUCGAGACUUCCGCGAUCGCUCUAGAGAUAGGGACAGAGGGCGAGGUUACCGAGACAGAAAUCGUGACCGGGAUCAUGACCGGGAUCAUGACAGAACUAGGGACAGGCCUGGGGAUAGAGACAGGAAUCGCGACCGCAAUCGCGACCGCAAUCGCGACAGCAACCAUAGAGUACCAGACCGAUUACGGUCACCUCGUCGAAACGACCGAGACUCUUCCGAAAAAGCGGAUGGAAGAAAGGAGAAGACCGGCAAGCCUACACCGGCUUCGGCAACCGGAGGCGAGGAAAUGAUUAUUGUCCAUGUUAAUGACCGCUUGGGAAGCAAGUCUGCUGUCCCAUGCCUACCCUCUGAUACGGUUGGUCAGUUCAAGAUCAUGGUGGCAGCUCGAAUUGGGCGUGAGCCCAGUCAAAUUAUGCUACGGAGACAGGGAGAACGGCCAUUCAAAGACCACAUUACGCUGGAAGACUAUGGGAUCUCGAACGGCGUUCAACUGGACCUGGAGAUUGACACAGGCGAUUGA